GCUUUGUGGUUUGAGUCCCUUGAUCAUGUGCCCCGAGGGAAGUCAGGCGGUGGUGGCGGUGGUGGUGGCCUUGGAUGACGAGACGCUCAGGGGUGUCUUCAGCUCACCUUACACUUGGGCUUCUCAGGGAGGAGGGGCUGGAGCCCUGGCCCACCGUGAGCACCAUGAUCCUCAGGCUACUCCUGGCUCUCAACUUCUUCCCCUCAAUUCAAGUCACAGAAAACAAGAUUUUGGUGAAGCAAUCGCCCAUGCUUGUGGUGAACAACAACGAGGUCAACCUUAGCUGCAAGUACACCUACAAUCUCUUCUCAAAGGAGUUCCGGGCAUCUCUUUAUAAGGGAGCCGAUAGUGCUGUGGAAGUCUGUGUUGUGAGUGGAAAUUACUCCUAUCAGCUUCAGUUUCACUCAAGUACGGGAUUCAACUGCAAUGGGAAACUGGGCAAUGAAACAGUGACAUUCUACCUCCGAGAUUUGUACGUUAACCAAACAGAUAUUUACUUCUGCAAGAUCGAGGUCAUGUAUCCUCCGCCUUACAUAGACAACGAGAAGAGUAAUGGGACCAUUAUCCACGUGAAAGAGAAACAUCUUUGUCCAGCUCCCUGGUCUCCUGAGUCUUCUAAGCCAUUUUGGGCACUGGUGGUGGUAGCCAGCAUCCUAGCUUUCUACAGCUUGCUGGCAUCAGUGGCUCUUUGUAACUGCUGGUUGAAGAGUAAGAGAAACAGGAUGCUUCAGAGUGACUACAUGAACAUGACCCCCCGCAGGCCAGGGCCCACCCGGAGGCACUACCAGCCCUACGCGCCAGCGCGGGACUUUGCAGCCUACCGCUCCUGACACGGACGCCUAUCCAGAUGCAAGUCGGCUGGCACCUUGUCACCUGCUCAACACCACUGCUCUGGAUAGGAAAGGACUGCCUCGUCUUCAGCCAGCCACCUUGGGCCUCUGUUGGGCCACCAGUGCCAACUCUUCUUGAACAACUAGACUGAAUAACAUCAUUUUGAGACUCUGAAAUGAAGUCAAAGAAUAUUAGUGUGACAGGCUAUAUUUUGUAGUGCUAUGGCCCAAAU